CGUAUCAGCACUUACGUUGUCACUGGCCGUGCCCGGCCCAAAUUAUGGAGAUUCUGUAAUUCUUUGCGGAGUCUUAGCCUCUGCGGAUUUGUGCUGGCGGAGGGUACACAGUAUUCCGUUUGGACGGCUCCUUGGAUGAAUGGACUGCAGGGGCGCUCCAUACAUUACCACUGUUUUCUGCGCGCCAGGGAGAUCUUCCGGAUGCCCUCGACCGACGUGCACCUGGUUGCUUGACAGAUGACGACCGCCUUAAUGACCCGGUCGUCUCUCGCUGUCCUCUCUCUUUCCUUUCUGCCCACCUUUGCCCUUUUCCCCUAGCUAAUCGUCUCAUCCUUGGGGGGAGGAACUGAUCCUCUCUUAGCCACUCCUUCAAUAUGCUGUUUUUUUGGGUUCUAUUGUUUCUUUCGUUCCGCACGAUUGUUGCAGAGGCGGAAUCGGACAAUGAUUUGAUGUCCUUUGUGACGCUUCCGGAAGUGAGAGCGUUGAAGUUUAAUAUCGCCUACUACGAUCGCACAGCCGUUAGCCCGGGUUACUGGUUCGUUGCGCCAUAUGGCGUGAUUGAUCCAGAAGCACCCACGAAGCAAUGGAAGCCCUGCCAAGUUGGACCCUACAUCUAUGAUGCAGAUGGCGUUCUCAUCUGGGCUGGAUCUUGCAUGUUCGAUAACCGCAACAUCUUCGAUUUCAAAGCCGCCAACGAUAUUGAUGACCAGUAUCAUCUCUCAUUCAUCCUGCAGCAUGGCUAUCAAGACAAUGGCAGGGACAAAGGGUACGGCUACAUUUUGGACCAGCAUUACAACGUCGAGAAUGCUGUGGCAGUAACUAAUGAUCUUACGACGUUUAACAUGCACGAGUUUAACGUCCUCCCUGGAGGCAAGACGGCUUUGGCUUGCGCGUAUCGAAACGAAUACGUCAACUUAGGAGAUCUCGGUCGCCCUGAUGAGUACGGCUGGAUUACCGCAGGCGGCUUCGUCGAAUUGGACACGGCCACCGGCGAAGUCCUCUUCGAGUGGAGUUCCCCUGGCUACAUCCCUAUCCACGAGUCCGUGAAAGUGGAUCCUCGGUGGGCAGCGUCUCCCCAACCUGGCUGGGAUUAUGUUCAUGUGAACUCCAUCGACAAGGGCUCUACCGGGGAUUACCUCUUGUCCGCGCGAUUCACGAGCACGCUAUACCUGAUCUCCGGAGAGGACGGGCAUAUCAUCUGGCGUCUCGGUGGAAAGUUCACGGAUUUCGUUCAGGACUUUACCUUUUCCAAGCAGCACCAUGCGCGUUUCGUGGAGUCCAACGCCACCCACGCGAUUAUUUCCUUCCUGAACAACGCCUCCGAUGAGGCCGAAAAUGAGGAGAGCGUCUCGGCCGCAAUGUUCGUGCAGGUCGACACCACAACCCACCCCAUGACGGCGCGUCUGCUCAAGCGUUGCAACCGCCCUGACGGUGGCCUCACCCGGCUGCGCGGUAACGUUCAGACCCUGCCUAACGGAAACACCUUUGUCGGAUGGAGCGAGCAGGGGAUGCAGAGCGAGCAUUCGCCCGAUGGUAAGGUCCUAAUGCAGGCCAGAUUUGCAUCCACCCGCUUCUCGACCUACCGGUCGUACAAGUUUCCCUUCAUUGGACGCCCCAGCGCACCCCCGGAUGUUGUGGCCUCCGUAUACGGCACCGACGAGACCGACCUUGCCACAAUCUUCCACGUCAGCUGGAACGGCGCGACUGACGUCUCCUCCUGGAACUUCUACGCGCGGGCGGACCGCAGAGGUCUGCCAAUUAUGAUCGGCAACACGACCAAGUUCGACUUCGAAACCAUGUACAUCGCUGACGGCUACCUCGACUGGAUAUCCGUAGAGGCCGUUGACAAGGACGGCAACGUCCUCGGCACCUCUGAUAUCCACAGGACGGAGACUCCGCAGAAUUGGCGCCUGGCUGGCUUUCAGGGCGAGGCUAAGCCGACCGCCGAUGACCCGUCUAUUCUGUACGGGCUCAAGCAGGCCGAGGAAGAAGAUGUGGUGGACCCCGAGGCCGAGGCCAAAGAAGCGGCCAUCAAAGCAGCCAAGGAAGCAGCCAAGGCCGCGGUCAAGGCGAACGAGGUCAUUCACGGGAUUGGUGGUCUCCUGAUCUUUAUCCUGGUCACUAGCUCCGUGGGCGGGCUCCUGGCGGGCAUCUACUGGUUCCUUCGGUGGCGUCGUAUGCAGGCAUACCACGAGGUUCCGUCCGAGGAGAACCAGUCCUUGACACGAGAAUAAGGGGUGUGCAGAUUUAAGGAUGCUCGUGGGCUGGAUGGGACAGAACGAAUGGGAUUGAAGACGAUGGCUGGGUUAUUCUUGCAUAUCGCGGGCGUUCAUGCAUGUCUAGACACUCUCUUUGUACCG